AUGCCUCCCAAAGCCAAGAAGACAACACCGGCGGCCACUCCCGCGGCCGCCGCUUCGCAGCCGACACAACCCAAGGCUGCGGCGAAAGCGCCGGCGAAGGCGGCCGACAAACCGGCGCCAAAACCCGCGCCCAAAGCCGAGAAGAAGGACACUAAGGAUAAGCCGAAAGCGGCCGCAACUCAACCCAAACCCAAAGCCGUGACUCAACCCAAGACAUCGAAGGGUCAGCCGUCGGCCUCCAAAGCGAAGGCAAAGGCGUUGAACGCCUCGAAGAAAGUGACGAAAGGAAACUUCCAGAAGAAGAGCCGCAAAAUCAGGACAACUGUUCACUUCCAUAGACCACACGUCAAGCAUUUGCCCAGAAAUCCGAAGUAUCCGCGAAAGAGUGUCCCUCACAGACCACGUCUGGACAAGUACUCAAUCAUUAAGCAUCCGCUGACCACCGAGUCUGCGAUGAAGAAGAUUGAGGACAACAACACAUUGGUCUUCAUUGUGAACCUGAAGGCCAAUAAACCGCAGAUCAAAAUGGCUGUGAAGAAGUUGUAUGACAUCGAUGUGGCGAAAGUGAAUACAUUGAUCCGACCCGACGGCCAGAAGAAGGCUUACGUGCGUUUGGCUCCCGAUUACGACGCCCUCGACGUCGCCAACAAAAUCGGAAUUAUAUAA